UUCCCGUUUUGUAAAUAAAGUUACCCAAAAAAAAAAAAACUCUCCAAGCAUGCGUUACAUUACGUGAUGACGUCACUGAUCAGGAAAGGCAGUAUUUUCACGGCAGAUCUCAUUAAGCCUAUGUGUUCAUUUUUAAAACAGCGAAAUACCCAAAGCACAACGCCCUAGGCACACAGCAUCCUCUGGCAGACAUGUCAUCCAGCAAAGCAGAGGCCUACCGCCCUGUCCCACGGGACUUCAACACCCUCAUCCAGACAUGCAGCUCCAACAUCCAGAAGAUCACACAGAACACUGCUCAGAUCAAGAGCAUGGUGAACCAGCUGGGGACCAGCCAGGACACCAGUGAACUCCACGAUCGUCUGCAGCAGAUACAACACUAUACCAACCAACUGGCAAAAGAAACCAACAAGCACCUGAAAGAGUUAGGAUCAAUCCCUUUGAUCUCUUCACCUUCAGAGCAAAGGCAGCAAAAGAUCCAGAAGGACCGGCUGAUGAAUGAUUUCUCUGCAGCUCUGAACAACUUUCAAGCGGUUCAACGGCGUGCAGCAGAGAAGGAGAAGGAGUCAGUUGCCAGAGCAAGAGCAGGAUCCCGCCUAUCAACUGAAGACAGUCAUCGUGAUGAAAAGCUUGUUUCUUUUGAUAACCAAGAUGACUGGGGUCCAAUCACCACCCAGGCAGAGGAGGUGGCCAUCACAGAGGAAGACCUGGAGCUCAUCAGGGAGAGAGAAACCAACAUCAGACAACUAGAGUCCGACAUCCUGGAUGUAAACCAGAUCUUCAAGGACCUUGCAGUGAUGAUCCACGAUCAGGGAGAGAUGAUUGAUAGCAUCGAGGCCAAUGUUGAGAAUGCUGAAGUUCACGUAGAGCGAGGAACAGAGCAGCUCCAGAGAGCCGUCUACUAUCAGCAAAAGUCCCGGAAGAAGAUGUGUAUCCUCGCAAUAGUUUGUUCCGUCGUGCUCGUCAUACUCGGCAUCAUUAUCUGGCAAGCUUCUAAGUGAGCUGGCUCCGCACAACCAAUGUGUCAUUACUGUAUUUUACUCUGCCUGCUCCCCCCCACCUGCAAGUUCUGGCUCAGAAUCACUGAUAACUUCACCAAGGUCAGCGAAGUAGAUCAAUGCAGAGGGAUGGUUCGUAUGGAAAAAAAGAAAACGUGCUCAUCUGAACUGAUCAAGCCUGUUUUUUGUAAAAUAAUUUUUUUUAAGAUGAAGAAUAGGAUGGAGGUCUGAGGUGGUGUAAGGGAGCAUUUUAAGAUACGAGAUUCCUUGCUUCUUUCACUCGCUUAUUCUCUUAUUUACUGUAUUAACACUAACUGUCUCUGUAUUUCAAAUGAAACAAAUGUUAUUGGAAGGAGUUUCUCAGCAGGCAAAAUGAAAAAAGGAAACAGGCUGCUUGUUGACUUAAAAAGAAUCUGUGCUCUUUCAGGGGCUGUAAAUUUAUUUUUUCGUUACCUAUUGUGGUGGCAUCUUCUGAUGUAUAGUAUGUGGAGUGCCUUAGGCCCCACUGUGGGCUCCUGGCCUUCAUUGUAACAUUACAUGGGACUUGUAUGACUCCUGGUGAUGAUGAUGCCAUGGUUGUAAUAUACUCGUUGUAAAAUGAAAGCUUUAUCACGUGACCAAUCCAUGUUUGUAAAUAUUACAAUGUGCUGCAUUAUAUUCUACUCAGAACAUUAUAGAGAAUAUAAAUUACAGUAUCAAAAAAAUUAAACCCAGUUCUUCAAUUUAAACAUUUCUAAAUUAAUUUCUAUGGCACCUGACAUUAUGCAUAAUAAAUAUCUUCAACACUUUUGCCC